UCACAGUCACACACUCAGAAAAACAGAACUACCCUUUUCUCAUCUAACUUUCUCUCUCUAAAACUCUCUCUCUUUCUCUCUCUAGAACCUUUGUGAGAACACAGCAAUGGCUGCUGAUGUGAGCACUCUGAUUCGGAUUCUCGGUCGCGGUGGCUACAAGGAGGAGAAGCAGCAGCAUCGGACGGCGGCGAAUGACGGCGAGAAAUCAUCGGCUCUGAUUACAAGGGAUUUGCUCGGUGGUGGGUCCUCUGUUGAGUCCCAGGAAUUGGACCUCGAUUUGCAGGUUCCCACUGGCUGGGAGAAACGCCUCGACCUGCAGUCAGGGAAAGUGUAUAUUCAGAGGUGCAACACAAUGGACACACCAUCACCUGUGCCUGAAAACAAAAAUAAUGUGAAACCAAAACUUCAGGACCUGAAUUUUCCAUCUUCUGGAACUAAGGUUCCUUUGAAUCUCUUUGAUGAAACAAGCUUAGACUUGAAGCUGGUUUCAUCUGCUGUGCCACCAAGCAAUUAUCAAAGUGUGUGCACCCUUGACAAGGUGAAAUCAGCACUUGAAAGAGCAGAGAAAGAGCCAAUUAAGAAGAGAACCCCACCAUUCUUUUUGAAGCCAUCAUUUUCAGCUACUUCCCCUUCACAUUCCUCAUCUUCAUCCUCAAUCAGAGAAACUACACAGGAAGAAGAAAGUGAAGAGAAGAUGGUUUCAUCUCCAAUGGCUGCAGGGUGCCCUGGUUGUUUAUCCUAUGUGCUGAUAAUGAAGAACAAUCCCAAGUGUCCUAGGUGUAACUCUAUUGUUCCCAUGCCAUCUAUGAAGAAACCUAGGAUUGACCUCAAUAUAUCAAUUUAAUUUAAAAGUGAUUCUGGAUGAUUGGUAAUUGCCUCCAUUUUUAAUUUUGAUUUUUUUCUUUCACGUUUUGUAAAUGAAGAAAAAGAUUGAUAAAUUUAGGGUGUUUAAGGAUAGGGUCAUUUGUUAAGUGAUAAAUGGCCAGGGUUUAUGUAUAUGGAAAAGUCACUGCCGUUUUACUAGGAAAGCUAAAUGAGAAUUUUCCAAUUUUUACCA